ACCGAUGUAAACACAGCAGACAGAAGUGUGUUUCAUAUACGCCAGCUUGAACCGUCCUUUACCCCAGCUUGGACCCAUCAUAUAUGCUUGCUUGACUCGGUAUACAUUAUAUGUCAACUUCAACUAUCAUACAUGCUAACAUGUCCCAUCAUGCCAGCUUGAAUCAUCAUACACCAGCUUGAACCACAAUAAAUCCCAGCUUGAGCCAUUAUUCAUACCAAUUUGAACCAUGGAGGAAUCGGUUAAUAUCAAACUAGAGGACGCAGAGUCAAUUGAAGUUGUGACAAAUGCAGAAGAUACUGGAGAUGGAGAUGCUGAGACGACAGCAGUGGGGAGCAGGACCGAGCCAUUGUGUGGAGCCUCAUCUCGGGCACAUGAAUAUUUUGAUGUUAUAUUGAAACCUACUUUUGGAUAUGUUUAUUCAGUGGAAAAAGCAAAUGAAACGUUAAAAUUAUUUCAAGAACGGUCGAUGUCUCGUUUCGUUUGCUAUAAAGUGCAAAGUAGCUUUGGAAGAGAUGAUUGGUGUGCAAACAAUCAUAAAAUUCUUUGGCAUCAAGAUGAACAAAAAAUCAAAACAGAGAACUACACUCCUAUAUAUGAUGGCAUCCCAUACAUUCUCCUUGGUAGCAAGUUUUUGGAAUGCCAGUAUGGGAUUGAUAGAAAUGUCUAUCAAAAACAGAAACAUUAUUUAAAAAGAAAUGUGGAAUUGCUGAAAAUCAAAGACCGACGGCUACCUGUCUCAAAGAAAGUUAAUUGUCCUGCAAAGAUUGUAAUGAAGGAUAUUGUCAAGUUUCCUUCAUUUAAGGUGGAUAAAAACACAGUGAAUGCCAGAAGAAUCAAGUCCAUGCUCCUUCGACUUGCCCUGAGGACAGAUAAUGCUGAGGGUGAGCGAAGGAUAUACAUUCAACUGCCAGAUGUAUCAGAUCAUUGCAAUCAUAACAAAUAUCCAAGUGGCAAGAGACCUCGGAGAUUACGGAAAUUGAAAGAUAACACCAGGGCUGCAUUUCCUCCUAGUUUAGACACAGAAUUAAGUGACUCUCAGUUUCUCCAAACAUUUAGAGUCACAAAAUCUUUAUAUCAGUUUUUAGUUGGAGAAUGGCAAAAGGAAGUAGUAGAGAAGAUGGUAAAAGCUGGGUUGGCUGUGGCCGAGCUGGAGCAAUAUGAACAGCACGUUCUGGCUUCACUGUACUACUUGGGCUCUAAUGAGAAUAUAGCUGCGGCAUCUUCAAGGUUUAAGAUCAAGACUAUUGAAUUACUGGACACCAUUCUCAAGUUUUCUGACUUCCUUAUAAGGCAACAAGAAAAAUAUCUGACCUUGCCAACACUAGAAGAGAGGAUAACAAUUGCCGAAGUAAUCAAGCAUGAUACAGGAUUCCCAGGAGUUUUCGGAGCAAUGGAUGCAGCUCUUGUUCACAUGCGGACGCCACUUAGCCAGGAGGAAGAGUUUUGCUAUGCUAAAACUGCCUCUGGGUCCAAGUGUGCUUUUGUCCUGCAGUUUAUAGUAGACCAAAGACUACUUUUUCGAGAUAUUCAUUUGGACGCUCCAGCCACUGGCACACGCAUCCAGGUGUUUCAGGAAUCAGAGGCCUGGUUUCAUCUUCAAACUCUUACAAGUUCAGAAACACAUGUAGUUGCUCCUAGUGUGUAUCCCCUGGCACCGGCCAUCAUGACGCCGCACAUGGCCAAUGAAUUAACCUACCAGGAAAUAAUAUAUAAUGAAAACCACAGCAAAGUUCUAAAGCUAGUAACUAAUGUGAUGACAAUAUUCAAAUCAAGAUUUAAGCGUAUGCAACAAUUGGAUCAAUAUAUUGAAAACAACAGGAAGAUUGUAAGGGCCAAUUGCAUCCUCCACAACAUUGCUCUCAUACGUGAAGAUGAAACUGUGAUAGAGAUGUUGUCUCUGGGGUACAACAGUGAAGCAGCUGAAGAGGGCUGGCACAGUGUGGGAGGAGACGAGGUGGUGGCUGAGUUUGGUAUUCUUGGUGGUGAAGAGAAGAGACAUUAUCUCACGACAGUCAUGACAGCUUCAUAUGAUUCUACACUAUCUUAUGUACAACUCACACCUCAUACUGGCAGUUAGCCUAUCCUUUAACUUCCAACAUUCUGUAUAAAUACAAAUGAAUAAAUUAUACAUAAUUUAUUUUGACUAUACAAAUAUUUUAUUUUAAGUGCCGCAUAAAUGGAUGAUAGCAAAAUUGUAAAUGAAAAUGUUGAUUAAUAAUAUGACAAUUUUCUUAUUUUGUCACAAGAAUCAAAACAAAAUGAAUGUACAAAUCUCUAGAUUGCAAGGACCUGGUUUCCGUCUCUAUUACAUACUAAAUUGCUUGAUUGCAUAGCAGGUGCACUAGCAUAUACAACAUUCUGUGUUCAGGUUAGACUAAUAUAUAUAUUUUUUAGCUAUUAAUAAAAGCAUUUAAUUUUUAUAGAGAAAUGUAGGCCUUCUGUACAUGUGGUUCUCAGUAACCAAAUAAGAUCUAAAAUCUGUACCAGCAUGAACAGUAUGAUGUCAUAAUGACGUCACAACAUUUUCUAUUUUCGUUAGGUUUGUUUAUAGUGAUGAUGUAGGGUGUACAUUGUGACGUAAAAGCGAAAGAAUAGAGCAGUGGCUAUUCUGGCUUUUGAAAUGCCAAUCACAUUAAAUAAAAAAAAGCUAAAGCAAAGUACUGUAAAUAAAACUGCUUCUGACCUCUUUUACGGUGUGAAAGUUGCAGGAUAAAUUCCAAAAGAAUGAAAAACUUAAAUAUUUAAUAUAACAAAAAUGACUAACAAAUAAAACAAUUCCAAUAUUCUACUUAGCAAAACACAAAAUACAAUGCAAUAUGAACAGGUAACAGUUACGUUAAUAGCAAAUAAAGGUGCAAAAUAUAAUAUACAACAAGCUGUACGCAUCUACAGUUUCCUGGAAGGCUACAGUAGAUGUUACUGCUGAGAGCACGAAGCGUAUUCUGAGGUCUGGCUGGUGGUGAACUGCUUAUAUAGGCGGGCAGACCUAGUGUAGGUGGCGCUGAUGUGCAGGUAACUAUCGCCGGCAGUCUCAAGCGAGUGGUUAGGCUGGUUGACCGGCUAGUGGAGUUGUCCCCAGGUGUCUCAGGUACUUGAGGGUGGAGGGAGGGAGGGGCGGAGUCUUGUCUGCACACAGAUUUCUGAGCACGUAUUGUGGUCGUUGUUAAUAUUGAAUUCUUGUACCAUAGUAUGCAUUAAUGUUGUUGAAUAGGCAGGAUCUCCUUGCCUAAGCAAGAGAUUACCGUAACAACAUUCUUUCCUCAGGUCAUAGAUCCUACUCAUUUAAACACUAGACUGCUCAAUUUCAGUAAGAACUAUGCUUUCAUAUCCCCAAAUUCCUAAAAAUAUUUUUUUCUUUUUUAAUUUAUAUAUGUAUACUGCACAAGACUUCUUACAUUCUUGUAAAACCACUAGCAUGUAUAUUGCUUCGGGCAGGUCCUUAAUCCUAAUUUGUUUCCCUGAAUACGACCUGCCAAAUCAUUUAACAAGCAGGUACCUAUUCACUGCUGGGUGAACAGAGGUUACAGUUAAGGAUUAGCACCCGGUGAAUCCUCCCCGGCCAGGAUACAAAUCCAGGCCAAAGCGCUGGGCGCAUGCUUUAACACUAUGCCACAGGAGCUGGCGAAAAUUUGUUCAAAUUAGUUACAUGACAACAAAAAAUAAUCUUUAACAAAUAUGCAUAUCUGAUAAUAUUAAAUUCCGAAUGAAGUAUCUAUUAACAUUUUAGCUGCAUUUUAGUUCAAAUUGACAUAAUGGCUAAUUUUUUACCAGCUGUUCUCUCCCUCAAGGAUUGCAAAAUUAUACUUUAGAACUUCUCCCAAGACUAUCAGGAAAAUAAGGUUUAUUGUACAGUACAUUCAAUUUGUUAUUGAUCUCUAUUCUUGUGGCUUGACCAAAUAUUUAUGUUAAAAGGUAAAAAUGCAUAAUGGUAUGUCAUAUUGUGUGAAUGUAUUUGCUAUAUAGUAUAUAAUGUAUAUAGAAGUACCAUAAUAUUAUUUUACAGCUAUACUAUUGUCCUAAUCAGUUACUAUCAAUUGUGCACUAUUGGUGAAUUCUCAUUAAGACAAUACAGUUAUGACACCAAAAUGUAUAAGGUAGUUUACCUUUUUGCUGUAUUUCUCCUAAGUAUCUUCCUUUAUAUAUAAUGUAAUAUACAUUACAUUAUAUAUACAGUACUGUAUAUAUAUAAAUAUAAUGUACAUAAUCUGAGUUAUCUACAGUUCAUUCUUUUGAAUAUAAGCCAAGUUGCAGUACAUCAGUACCCCCUAUUUUCCAUGUUUCUGGGGCGAGAUGGGCUAUCAGGCCAGAAAAAUAAAACUAACUAUAUAC